UACUCAGACCAACGUGACGGGUACAUGACGGCUUCAUCCCAGCUUCGACUGAAGAGCAAACCGACAACAGCUGAGUUUGCACGAAGUGCUAUCGUUGUAGCUGAAAUACAGGGAUUUGUCGCUGCAUUCAAUUCUGCAAUAGCAUUUUCCAGUGCUCCGUGUGACCGUCGUGAGCAGACUGCAUUGCUGUCAUCUGUCGAAACCGCAGAAGCAGCAUAGAGGCUAAGGAGAAAUCACACUACAUCAAACCCGGCAAACAAAGAGGUCCUUUUUCAGCGACAACAUUUUUCCUCCAUAUUCUAUAGUUAUGAGUCAUGUGGCCAUCGAAAAUGCCCACGGUCUAGAGCAGCAGCUCGCUGUCCUAGACUUGAGUGCCGGAGACGGACAAGUUGGAGGCACAAACAGGCGAUACAUUCCUCCACAUUUACGGAACAGCGAUGCUUCCAAAAAUGCAGGAAAUGCCUUUGCUGCUGGUAGACCAGGUGUCUACGCCAUGGCGCCGCAAGCCACCUAUGGUUGGGACGGAGGGCGCAACAACUUUGUCAAUGGCUACCAUGACAACCGCAUGACCGGCAACACAUUCAACCGGGGCCCGCCGCGCAUGGAGCGGGGCCGAGGUGGCGUCGGGGGAGGCGGUUACCGCGGCAACAGGGGAGGCACGUUCAACCCCAUCAUCCCAGCACAGCCAAUGGGAUUUGCUGGCUUCGAAAAUAAAGAUGCCGGCGGCUGGAACACGGCCAAGGACGCCUAUAGCAGUUUUGGCAACAACCGAGGAAAGUCUGCGUUCUUCAAUGACAGGGGCAAUGCUAACAGAGGGAGGUUCGAUCACGGUGGAUUCGGUGGUGGCGGUGGAGGAGGAGGUGGAAACAGCCGUUGGGUGGAGGAGUCCAGAGACGACGGAGAUUGGUCCAAGCCAACGCCACGUAACGAACGCCUUGAACACGAGUUGUUCGCUGGCAGUAACACGGGCAUUAAUUUUGAGAAGUACGACGACAUCCCCGUUGAGGCCACUGGGCAGAACUGCCCUCACCACAUAGAGAGUUUCCAAGAUGUGGACAUGGGUGAGAUAAUCAUGGGCAACAUCGGCCUGAGUCGCUACACCAGACCGACCCCUGUCCAGAAAUAUGCCAUUCCGAUCGUAAAGUCAAAGAGAGACCUCAUGGCCUGUGCACAGACAGGUUCUGGGAAGACUGCAGCGUUCCUGCUGCCGAUUCUCAGCCAGAUCUACACCGAAGGACCGGGAGAAGCUCUUAAUGCAGCUAAAGCUUCUGGACAGGAGAAUGGGAAGUACGGGCGUCGUAAGCAGUUCCCAAUCUCUCUGAUCCUGGCUCCAACAAGAGAGCUGGCAUUGCAAAUAUAUGAUGAAGCCCGGAAGUUUUCCUACCGGUCCAAAGUGCGUCCUUGUGUUGUGUAUGGAGGAGCAGAUAUUGGCCAGCAGAUCAGAGAUCUGGAGAGAGGCUGCCACCUGCUGGUGGCCACACCGGGGAGACUGGUGGACAUGAUGGAGCGGGGCAAGAUUGGACUGGACUACUGCAACUACCUGGUCCUGGACGAGGCAGAUCGCAUGUUGGACAUGGGCUUCGAGCCUCAGAUAAGACGCAUUGUGGAACAAGACACCAUGCCACAUAAAGGCAUCCGGCAGACCAUGAUGUUCAGUGCGACCUUCCCUAAAGAAAUCCAGAUCCUGGCCAGGGACUUCCUGGAGGAGUACAUCUUCCUGGCCGUGGGCAGGGUGGGCUCCACCUCGGAGAACAUCACUCAGAAAGUGGUGUGGGUGGAAGAGAGCGAUAAGAGGUCUUUCCUCCUGGACCUGCUCAGUGCCACAGUCAUCCCCAGCGAUGUACAGGACAAUACUGGAGACAACAUAGAGAAACCUGGCAAGGACUCCCUGACUCUGGUUUUUGUGGAGACCAAGAAAGGCGCCGAUGCCUUGGAGGACUUCCUGUAUCGGGAGGGCUACGCCUGCACCAGUAUCCACGGCGACCGCUCCCAGAGAGACCGAGAAGAGGCCCUAAGCCAGUUCAGAUCAGGGAAAUGUCCUAUUCUGGUGGCCACAGCGGUAGCCGCUCGGGGUCUGGACAUCUCCAAUGUGAAACAUGUUAUUAACUUCGACCUGCCCAGCGACAUAGAGGAGUAUGUCCACCGCAUUGGACGUACAGGACGAGUCGGGAACCUGGGACUGGCCACAUCUUUCUUCAACGAUAAGAAUGGGAACAUCACUAAAGACCUGCUGGACAUCCUCGUCGAGGCCAAACAGGAAGUCCCCUCAUGGCUCGAGAGCCUGGCUUAUGAACACCAGCACAAGAGCAGCAACAGAGGACGCUCCAAGAGGUUCGCUGGAGGUUUCGGAGCACGCGAUUAUCGUCAGACGGCCGCCGGAGCCAGCACUGGAGGGUUUGGAGGACGCGGAGGUCGCAACCAGGCAGGACACGGAGGAGCCCGUGGCUUUGGAGGGGGUGGUUUUGGAAACUUCUACACCAGUGACGGCUACGGAGGCAACUACUCGCACUCUCAAGUUGACUGGUGGGGCAACUAGGUUUCUCCUUCCUCCAUCCCUCCUUCACUCAUUCUUCUUUCUUCUUCUCACUCAUCCUCCUUCCUUUCCCCCCACACUGUUCUCUGCACUCCAUCUGUCUUCACCCCCCCAUAACACCCAUGUGCAUGUUAUUGAACUAUUUAUAAUCGUUUAUAUAGCCCCCCCCCCUUUAAUCCCUAUAUGCUGAGAUCUUUUAAUUCCUCUUCUUUCCUCUUUUUCCACCCUCACCUUCGUCUAUACAGUUUUCCAUCCACCCUGUUUUUGAUUUCUUAGUUCCUGAAGAUUACCACCUGUUAAAAUUGGCCACAAUUUAAAAGAAUUUUAGUGGGUUUUGUUUUUUUUAAACUAGCCACAGAUUUAUUUUCAGUGAGCAACAUUCUCUUGGUUUCUUUUGGGUUGCCCUCUUGUGACAUGUCUGAAGAAAAAUAACCAGUUAAAUUUAAAAUUCUAGUUGUUCUUUUAACCCCAUGAGAUAGAUACACACAAGGUUUACGGUGUGUGGACUCGGUUGUAGAAGACCAGGGGCAUAUCCAUUUUUUUUCCAGUUUUAGAUUUGAGUUUUGGUUUCAUUGUGUUUUGGCUGUAAUUCACCCAAAGCCAGCUUCCUGUGUCCCUUCACACGUCAUCUUUGUAUGUAACGCAUGGCCAUGUUGUAAAUCACCGGCCGAACACUUUUUUCUAAAACAUAGUGCAGAGACCGGCAAGAUGUCAGAUCUGAGCAAGAUAUGUCUGCGUAUAUAUAAAAAUAGGAUCUGACUGAGGUGCACUUCCAUGACGGGGCAACAGAAACAGCAAAAUUAUUAUUAUUUUUUGAUUUUUACCUUUUAAAUUAUAUUAACUCGGAGUUGUGAGAAAGACGUCUGACAGAAGAGACACGGGGCUGGGACGAUGCCAGUCAACCGAGUCUUCCGACUCAACGCGAUUGUGAAUAUCACAACCACAAACAACAUUUCUUUGUUUGAUGCAAAACAUAAUGGAGGAUCAUUUGUUUCUGUACUGUGCCUUUUCAGCAGUUCAACUUUAUCCCUUUUUUUCCAUUUGUUUUAUUGCCACAAUGCGUAACUGGCCACAAGUAUUGGCCAACUGUGACAAAAAAAAGAAAAGUGUAUUUAAUGUCAUGUAUGGGUUCAGACAUGUUUUCUUUAUUUCUAUUUGGAAGGAAACAAACUAGGCUUGAACUAAAUCAAACCUUGGCAAAAAAAAAAAAAAAAACUUAAAUAAAAACUGCGAUGAGGAACCUCAACACUGUUCCUUAUCUGUCUAUUGGAGUUCAAAUUCAUCAGAAGGUCUCUGAUGAGCUGCUUCCCAACAGCAUAUCACCACUGGGACCGUAUUUCUAUACUUUUUAAAUGCACACUCAUCCAAAGCCACUAAAAUGGGUUAAAAAAAAAUUAAUUUAUUGAAAAUUACAAGUUGUAUUUAUAACAACUGACCUCUGUUGCUUUACUGGGCUGUGAACAGAGAUGAUAUCAGUGGUUUUAUGCCUUUGGGAAACUGAGUGCUGCUCAUUGACCUGAAUGUCACAUCUUGAGCUCUGGUUUGAGCUCGAGUUUGCGUUUCUCAAAACCAACGUGUCACUAAUUGUCGGGUCGCUUGACGCCACUGACGGAGAAUCUGUUUAGCCGUGCAGCAGCAGGCGUGUUGCGUCGCUUUCCCCCCUCUCUACCUUCAGAUGUGUGGUUGUAAUUGAUGUUCCUCACAGAACCGACGACCGCUGCGCGACUGCUGCUGCUGAAAAAAAACGACAGAUUUCCAAAUUUUGACGAUUGGCCGUGGAAUGUUCGACCGACUCUCAGUGCCGCCGUGCUCUUGGGAAACCGGCUCCGCUUCCACCACAAACAUUGAAACCCUUGUUUGCCAAAAGCUCCCUUUCAAGGGGAGUCACAACUAAAAGGCUAUAAUAGUUCAACAAAAAAAAAAUAUUCUUGCUCACUCUAUCCUGGAGAGUUACAUGAAGAGUCUUCUCUAAAAUAAGUCAUUCCAGUUUAUUUGUUAGGUCUUACAGAUCUGUCGAGGUCAGGGAUAAAAGUAAAGAAAUUGGCAGCCUAAUCCAUUUCACAGCAGGGUCAUGCUGGGGCUUCUGGGAGAUAAUGUAACGCCACACCUCUAUAGCACAUUUUAGUCAUGUCGUGUCUUACUGUGCUGUGACCAGAUCUACUUUUUAAGACUGGUGUGCUUACAUUCCUAUCCUUUUUAUGCAUUGAACAGAUACGAGUCCUCAUCACUGUCUUUUCCUUUCUGCCUUUCUGAUUAAAUCCAUAUCAGUCGACGGAGAACUCACAGAAAUGAUGAUCCCAAAAUCCAAAUCAAGACACCAGAAUCAUAUCAUGCACUUCACUUGCACCCGUUGCUUUCUAUUUAAACCGCACACCUCUCGGCACAAGCCGCUGCUGAAGGAUGUCGUAUCGACUUCCUGUAUGUCAGUGUGAAAUGAUGCAACACAACUUUUGCUAACGCUGCCCUGUCUUUAUCCCUGCUAGGAAUGAUAAAAAAAAAACUAGCUUCUGCAUAGCACAGCAAGAUACAGGACAGAUAAAGUGUGCUAGAAAAGGACAAGUGGCAGAAAAAACCUUUGGCCUAAUCAAUGGAAAUCAAUGCCCGAUACCCGAUAAGCCCCACUUUGGCAGGGGGGCAGUCGACCUGCGCCCACCGUGUCCACGUUUCUCCCCAGUUUAGAGAAACUCCACUGGACGUUUGGAUGAUUCAGUGGUGGAUGUUCAAUCCCCCCACUUUGUCUUAUCAGCAGCAGAAAAGGCCAAAUGCACUGUUGCUACCUUGUGGGGAAAAUUAUUGAUUCUUUUUUUUUAUCAGGGUAUUAAUUUGUUUUUGUUUACAUCGAUAACUUUAGUGAAGUACAAAAUAUAGAUUGUGUAAAUAGUUAAAACAGAGAAGAAUCUCCACUGAAAAAGAAUGUGAAUCGUAUGUGAGACAACACUUGGCGUUGUAGAAGAUUAUCUUUGAUCACUCGACAUUGGACCACGCAGUGUCUGCUCCGCUCAGCUCGAUGGGCAAUUUGAACGAGCUGGGCAGGUUUAUUCCUAGGAUACGGAAUUUUUUGAAUGCUCACGAGGCAGAUUCCCUCACAUUGCCCCCCCGGGCUGUGACGAGCGACAAGGCUGGACCAAGACAACAAAACAUAUGCAAGUGUUGUUGUGUUUUUGGUCAAGGAGUUUAAAAAGAGAAAACAACAGCCAAAUUUAUAAAUACAAUUCUACAGCAGGCUUUAGUUAUGAUUUUUUGCGUCGUCUAUGAUUUUCACACUACUUUAGAAUCAGAAGUCGUGCGCGGGUCAGUCUUCAAAUCUUAUUUCCCUCGAGUGCAGUUGACGAGAAGGUUACUCAUGCUGAGUAACGCUGGAGGACUGAGGGUUCAAACGGACGCAUACACCAGUCCCUUGUGUCCAUUUAGUGAUGACUUGCUAACAGACGGUUUUCACGUAGGAAGAAAAAACAUUGAAGCUCCUUAAGUAGACGGGAAAAUGAAAAGCACUCGACCACGUCGACCUUCCAAACGAACCAAAAACAGAAAAUUAGUUUGCGUUUUACUUUCAGUUUCUGUCAAAGUGUCGCUCAACUGUAAGAUGAACUGUUAACGCAUCGUGUUCCCCUAAGUUGUUCAACUCGCAGUUUGAUGCAGACAAAACUGAAACCGCUGUUUUAAAAUGUUGACCAGAGCUGCGUUCGAUUCGUCCCAGUAAAAACAUUUUUAGCGGCUGCUAACCAAUCGGAGAAUUCCUCCCUAUUUAGUUUCUCCUUCAGCAAUGGUGGAUAGUCUCGUGUGAAGGAAUAAGCAGGAGGGAGCUAGGAAUCAGUGAAUGGACAAGAUGUUGAAGAUUGAUAUUGCAAAUGACAAUCAAUAAUUAAGGAUUUGCAUUAGUUAAAAAACUCACUUCACACAUCAGUUGUUUUUUGAUUGCCUUUGGGGGAACAGCUUGAAACGUAGAGCUUGCCCCUAAUCAGCCGUCUCGUUUUGCAGUUAUUCACUCUCUGGCCUCUGGGAUGGAGAAGACUGAACCCGAAUCAUUUAUCGUCGAAGACUCUUAAUUUUGUAACAUUACCAAGUAGCGUCCCCAAAUCCCCAUUUUGUUGUUUUGGAGUCAGGACAUUUGGACGCUCUCUGGCAUCGUUUAAGAAGUUCUACCUUUAUAUAUUGACUUAAUACCACAUGUUGAGCAUUGGACUGAUUUGCCGCCUGACACUGUUACAUAUUCCCUGAGUUGGAGGGGACAUUGUCAACUUUUGCUACUUGAAUCCACGACUCUUGCCGACCACAAGCUUGGCAGGCAGCUAGUGGAGAUCAAUAAAAAAAUGCUAAGCAUGUUAAAAUUCCUUCAAGAAGGACACUAGAAGUGAAUCUGGGUCCACGUAGACGUUGCUGUGCCUUCUAACAGCCACUAGGGGGCAGAUGGAAUUACCGCAAAAUGAUGGAAGGACUAAUCUUUUGUCACUUGGGCAUUGAACAUGCAGCGAUACUGAUCUAGGAACCGGUGAUUUACUGCAGGAUCUGAGCACGUUGUCGACUGCUGGGAGUGUAGAUAGGAAUUUUUUUUAUUUUAUUUUUCGCGAUGUACAGCAGGGAACCGAGGAUGGUCAGACUUCAGUUUACCUCACUUUUUCAUGGUGUUUAUGGAGCAAUCUUGUCACGUGGUAGUGUUCAGAGCACGCACAUGAAUAUGCAAUGUAAUUAGGUCUUCUUUUCUAGGAAGACAGAUAAUAUCUUAUCAGCUGUAAUUUCUCUUUUUGAACUGUGUUUGGAGCAACACUUAAUUACCACUGUGCCCCAAAACCCCCACCUCGUCAAAAAAUGUCUACAGCAAGUGCAAUAGAGAUCAGUUCCUCGUGGCUCGCUUUCACGUUUUGAGUUUUUGUUUCGAGCUCUUUUCAGUCUGUGCUCCGUUUGGAUGAAAAAGCACAAACUUGGCACAAGCGAAAUUCAGCUCACAUUCCCGACAUGUGCACGGUGCCUUUUGAAAUGAUUUACUCGACACUGAAAACGCGUCAGUGUCGUGGCUGGGUGUUCGUCAAUACAGACGUAAAAACCCGAACUAUUACACGGACACGAGUAAAUGAAACGCUGUCUCCAUUUCAGAUGGAAGGUUUUACAGACUAGUGAAGGCUUUAAAAUAAUGAAAAAUUGGAAAUGUAGUUGUCGUUUUUUUGUUAUUAACAUUAUGCGUUUGCGUGAACAUCAUGUCCACUUAGCCACAGUAGCAGCAGGGCUCGACGUACAGGACCGUAGGUCAGUCGGUCCAUCAACCACAGUCGUCCAGACUAGAUUUGUUGGCAGAUGAAUCCUAGUGACCCCUGUAACUCUGCGCUCCGUUUAUUCCCUGAAAGAAAAACGUCUUCCAGCACUUUACUUUGUGGUUUUUGAUCAUUUUCAAAACCUCUCUGAGGCCUUAAAUUCAAGGCUGAUACCCAGCCCUAAGUUGGUUACACUGCAUACAGCAGUACCAUGGCAACAGAUACACAGUUGGAAGGAUUUUGCCUCACUACGGUAACUCGACUUACCAGCAGGAGCAUUUUGAUCGUCGGGGCAGAACAAUGAAUGGUGCUAUGUUCCAUUGCUGCGGCCUGCAGGCCCCCUCUGUCGUAGAAAGACUUCAAACCCCAACAAGUUUUUUUUUUUUAAACAGAAAAAAAAUGUAACUUAGUUUAACGUUAAGCUAAAGUCCUCUGUAGCACACGUCAUUCAAAACCUGCGAGGGGUUCGUAUGAGGUAUGAGUGAGUGUUAGAAGUGUAGCACAGCCGAGUGUGAAAAUGAGAGGCUUCUCAUCGUGUGUGUGUGUGUGUGUGUGUGUGUGUGUGUGUGUGUGUGUGUGUGUGUGUGUGUGUGUGUGUGUGUGUGUGUGUGUGUGUGUGUGUGUGUGUGUGUGUGUGUGUGUGUGUGUGUGUGUGUGUGUGUGUGUGUGUGUGUGUGUGUGUGUGUGUGUGUGUGUGUGUGUGUGAAGGUUCUUCCAGAUAUGAAACAAGUUAUUUUUCUUUUUCUUUCGUUUUUUAGUUUUUGUUUCGGGACCAGGUGGAGUUCUAGUUAACGGCAACCGUAGGAUUCAGCUGUCUGCGCGCAGUUUCUCGAGUCGACUUUUCGCUGCUAGUUUUGUGUAAUUUAUCAAGCAUUUCUGAGAAAUAUUUAUUUUUAUAAGCCUAAUACAAAAGUUGAUAUUUUACAAAGUGACUUGACCAAAAGACAGUAAACAAAAACACUGGCACUUGAAUGUUGAAUGUCAUUGGUAUGAGUGAAAAUUUCUAUUUUUCUGGGGUAGUGUGAGCUUUUUAAUGUCAAAAGAUGCAACGUGUCGGGGUUUCUCCUCGGAUGUGUCACCGGAACACGCUCUGAAGAAGGUUUUUAAAAUUCCAAAACUAAAAGUAACAAUACUGUCACGGGUGCCAAAAUGCUAAGAAAAAACAAACAAACCAUACAAGCGCUCUCUGCUAAUGGCCGACGAUACAAAGUUACUCACACCAUGUGUACAUCUUUCCCUCAGCCUGUCCAGCCCUGUUUUUUAAUUGUAAAUUGUUUGAACUGGCUUUUGUCCCAGAAAACUUACACCCUGAACACAUCUCAGAACAAAAUUUCAAUUUAGCACAGACAUUCGUGUGUAGACACAUUCCAUACACGGGGAGUCACGAUACUGGGUAUGUUUUUUUGUUUUGUGGCAUACACAUACAUUUUGAUAUCCUGGUGUACCUGAAACCAUUUAUAGAUUAAAUGAAUUGUUCUGUGCAUUGAGUGAUACGUACCACAAUAUAAACCAUAAGGAAGAAUUGAAUUCCUGAAACAAAUUAGAAAUAUUUUUUCUUUACUUGCACUUUACGAUGCGCGAAGAUGUGCACAUGGUGUCGUGUGAGGUCUCACGGUGAGCAUAACCGCGACGCAGCAGGAGAAACGCCCGACGCGCGUUACCUUUAAAGUCUCAUUGGACUCAGCAUCAGAUCCAUACACCUGUUUGUGCGACAGGCUCCAUUGCCAAUAAUGAUAAUCAUCCAUAAACAGUAAUUUUUUUUAAUUGGCAAACAAAAUUUGAGAACAAUAUCACCAUGUAUGCCAAGGUUUGGAUAGAAAAAAAAAAGAAUAACAAAACAUUACGAUCAAAGACCAUUUUGUAGAAAACAUUUUUAAAAAAAACAUUCAGUACAAAAAACAAAGUGUCCAGAUUCUCUCCAAGUCAGUUUUUUUUUCUUUUCAUUUGAGUCUUUACACUUUUCCUUCCCGUAAACACCCUCGUUGUGAAUGUCUGGCAAGUGGCGACCUUUAAAGUCUUCAUAACUCACAGUUAACUGUGGUUCUAUUGCUAUGUUGUUGUGAUUUGCAUAUUUUCAGGCGUCAGCGUGUUUAACGCCGUCACUGGGGAGAUUCUGGCCAAUCAGAAAUGAGGAUCCUCUCCUCUGUCUCGUUACAUUAGAUUAACCAGAGGUGGUGGUUGUUGUUGUUUGUGUCGACGUGCAGCUGAUCCGUGACUCUUCAUCUGCCUUUGCAUGAGAACAAUAAUGUUACUGAAGGUUCACUCAGCACAGACACUCGCACUGCAGUCAUUCUGUGGCCUCCCUGGACAAGAAUGCAUUGCAGCCAGAGCAAAGCCACAAUCACUUAUGGCGAUGCAGGUAAAUACUCACAUUUUAUAGCCUUUUGUGCGCUCAAACACAAACGUCUGCGAGAUUAAGUUCAUGGCUCUUCUGCGGUAGUUGACAAAUGAAAUAGAAAAAAAACAGUGUCAUUACUGACUGGCCAGACUCCUCCACGUGGACACACGGCAGCACCGGCCUGCUAGUUAGCAUUUGCUUUAUGUAUUAGUUUAGCAGUUGUGCACGAAGAGGAGCACUGCACGAAGAAAAACGAAAACUGUGCAUCUGUUCUGAUUUGACCACAAAAUAAAAGUUUGGAUUUGCAAAUGUAA